GCCUCAUGCUGUAAAAGAGCAGAGGACAGAGGAGCAGGGUGGAUGUGUGUGAGAGUCACAGACUGGACACACACACACACACACACACACACACACACACAGCAGGACAGUGAGGACAGCUGGCAGUGUGUGAGAUGCGUUAUGGCGUCACAGGGCUCAUGGCAGGGAUAAGCAGAGGAGCUUAACACAGCCAGGAACGAGAGAGUUGCAGAUGACGAACGAUGACGGAGCGCUACGACUGUCACUACUGUAAGGAGUCCCUGUUUGGGAAAAAGUAUGUCCUGCGGGAGGAGAACCCUUACUGUGUAAAGUGCUAUGAGAGCCUGUACUCCAACACCUGUGAGGAGUGCAAGAAGCCUAUAGGUUGCAACAGCAGGGACUUGUCAUAUAAGGACCGCCACUGGCAUGAGGACUGUUUCCAUUGCUUCCAGUGUAAGCGCUCGCUGGUGGACAAACCGUUCUCCACCAAGGACGAGCAGCUGCUCUGUACCGAGUGCUACUCCAAUGAGUAUUCCUCCAAGUGUCACGACUGCAAGAAGACCAUCAUGCCUGGUUCCAGGAAGAUGGAGCAUAAGGGCAACAGCUGGCAUGAGACCUGCUUCACCUGCAAGCGCUGCCAGCAGCCCAUUGGUACCAAGAGCUUCAUCCCCAAGGACAACAACAACUAUUGCGUGCCCUGCUAUGAGAAGCAGUUUGCUAUGCAGUGUGUGCACUGCAAGAAGCCCAUCACCACUGGAGGCGUGACCUAUCAUGACCAGCCGUGGCACAAGGACUGCUUCCUGUGCACCGGCUGCAAGCAGCAGCUCUCUGGGCAGCGCUUCACGUCUCGUGAUGACUUUGCCUACUGCCUCAACUGCUUCUGUAACCUGUACGCCAAGAAGUGUGCCUCCUGCACUUCUCCAAUCAGUGGGCUUGGAGGGAGCAAGUAUAUCUCGUUUGAGGAGCGCCAGUGGCACAACGACUGUUUCAACUGCAAGAAGUGCUCGGUAUCUCUCGUGGGCCGAGGCUUCCUGACUGAGAGAGAUGACAUCCUGUGCCCCGAGUGUGGCAAAGACAUCUAAGAACUCAUAUAAGUAGAGAAACAAAAAACUAAAGCAUAGCAGCAUGGGAAAUCCUGAUACACUUAUAUAAACUCUAGUCAUAGCCAUGGAUUUUAGCACCACUGAUUAUAAAGGUGUAUUAUGUUAGAACAGGCAAAUGAACUUUAUCCUUUAUCCUCAACAACAGCUUCAGCACUCGAGUUGUGAAUACGAUAAAAUUUCACCAGAUAUAUUUUUACCUACAUGUUUAUUUCCUUUACGGCAUGAGAAAGAAGAGCUACAGAAUAAAGAGUAAUAACAAUCCAGAAAAAUAUUAGCUUUUGAACUUUAAAAAAUAAAGAUUAUGAUUAUGUUGCAUAUUAACACACUAACCAAUUUAAAAUGAACUCUUGAUAGUGCGCCUUUAUGAGUUCCUAGUUUUCCACGAUCAUCUAAUACAUUGCAAUAAAUAAAAUAAAGAGCAAUAAGAUUCUGCCUGGAA